AUGAUUACUAUUCUAACGUAUGAUGGGGAUCAGGGUAAAUGUGCUAAAGCUUAUGUGAUGACAUCUGACGACGAGGACUUUAUCGCCCUGAGACCGUUGGCCUACCAGCGUGGUGCCAAGCCGAAAUUCGUCGUGAAAAAUGCAGAAGAUAUUGACAUUGAUAAAUUAUCUGAUGAUUCUGAUUUCGACGACAAAUCUCUGAAAGAUAUUGCAGUGGAAUUUGCGAAUGAGACGACUCUUCAUGGUGUACCAAAAAUCAUAAAAGACCGCUCGUGUGGAACUCGUCUCUUCUGGUCUUGCGUGUGUUUAAGUGCUUUAUGUAUGUUUUUAAUACAAGCAUCUACACUCAUGGGAAAAUAUUUAGACUACAAGAAAAAAGUUGACAUUGAAGUGUUAGAUGACCCUGCUCCUUUCCCAUCAAUAUCUCUGUGCAACAUACGUCAUAUAGACGCCAUCCUUUUCGAGGAGAUACAGGGUUACAGUCAACAACAUUAUAUGAAAGUUUUAGAAGUCAUGGAAGCCAGUAAGAAUCCAAACUACGUCAGGAAUAAAACUGUUGAAGAAGACAAACCAUUCUAUUGGACGUCUUUAGAAACUUCCAUCAAUGUACAGGGGUAUCUCAGUACAAAACCAGAAUUAGUUAAAGAACUCGGCUUUGAUAAUAUCAAUGAUUUAACUGAAAUUAUGUUUACACGUGAAACUCCGGCCGCAAAUAUUGAUAAGGAUAAAGUGACUCAGUUUGGAAUUGAAGCAAUUGAGUUUAUAAUAACCUGUGUCUAUUCUGGGGAUAGAUGUAACUAUUCAGAUUUCAAACGAUUUUUCCAUCCCUUUUUCUACAAUUGUUUCACAUUCAACACAUCAUCGUUCUUGACUGAUAACAGUACCACAGGAAGGAGUUUCUCACUCAUAGCGUUCCUUGGUAAAAUGUUUAGUAAAGAAUCAACAAAAUUAGACAGGGGAGAUACAUUCGGAGACCCCGUGUAUAACAGCGAUGGGUUGCGUAUAGUGAUUCACUCGUCAAAUAGUGAACCCGAUCCCAUUCAAGAUGGGUUCAAUAUACCAGCAGGUUUUUCAGCGUCCAUUGGAGUAAAAGCGACGCAAUAUGAGCGUAUAGAUUACCCAUAUGGUAACUGCUCGGAACAGGGCUCACUCAGUAUGGAUAAUGGAAUAUAUGACUAUACCCUGAUAUCCUGCCAAAACCUUUGUCUUCAAAAUGAAAUAAUUGAACACUGUCAAUGCAUUGAUAUAGCUCUACCAAUACCUGAGAACGUAAAUGUGUCAUUUUGUCAGGAUAUUGAAAACCCUCCAAUAUUUGAUUGUCUAGAAGACAAGGCCAAUGAAUGGAAAUGUAACGACGCUAUACGAAGAUCAUGGAAUAAAUUCAAGUGUAUGCGAUCCGUGAAAGGGAGAGUGUCUAUUACUCAACUUGCCAAGCAAAAAUGUCGUUGCUACCCGCCUUGUCAUGAGAUUACGUAUGGUGUCUUCCAUAGUCUUACAUCUUGGCCUUCAAUGGACCAAACCAUCCCAACAAUGGAGAAGGUCAUAACUGGGGACUUCAUGCAGCGAUUCACAACUGACCACGAGAGGAACCUCGUGUGGGAGAACUAUUUCCCAAACUAUAGCAAUGAUACAGAUUUAGUGAAACUAUAUCUGGAGACGGAUAACCUCACGGUACAGCACGAUCUUACUAAAGUAUGUGCGAGGUUUUUGAAAGAUUUUUCUCACGUGUAUGUGUACAUUGCUGACGAUAAUGUAGUGAAGAUUACAGAAUCGGAGUUCUACAGUGGGGUCCAACUUGUAUCUGACAUCGGAGGACAGUUAGGCCUGUGGGUCGGGAUAUCUGUGGUGACGUUGGCGGAGUUACUACAGCUUUGUGCAACACUAUGUGGUUUCUUAUGCAAAAAUAAACACAGAAGAAAACUUAAAAAGGAAUUUGAGCGUAGAUCUAUGCGAAAGAAACAGAGAGGUGCAUCUGUACGGACAAAACGAUACAAUCACCAUCAUCACAGACCGAGAUCACGGUCUCUCUCGAACACACGACAAAAUGGGACCCCAACAAGAAACCAUCUGCUCAAAAAUCAGAAUCAUCAUGUCAAUGUGUGAACAUCAGCUUACACUUAAGGGCAAUACUUAUAUUUUGAUGUUUAUAUUAUAUACUUUGUAAGAAGAACGCCAAAAACAAUAACAUUUGGGUCAGAAAUUCAUAAAUAACAUUUGAUGGGAAAGACCGGGAGUGCUUUUCCAUCACAUCUACAGAUCUAAUGAAUGCCUCGUUUUACUGUCCCCUGUGAUUCGAACUUUCUCCCUGUCUUCGCCAUGCCUACAUUUUCUUGCUCAAUAGAAAAACAGAGGUGAUGAUAAAGGAGGUACCGCGAAUAACCUUUGUGAAAACGUCUUGCAGUACACAACAACAUUGUAAAAUAUUGAGCUCUUAUAAUACCAUUAAUUGACAAUGCUUGUCUUAUUCAACGUUUCAAUAUAAAGUAGGCGUGAUUUAACAUCUUUUAACACGUGAGGUUGAAAAAAUGAAAUAUUAUGAACUGGAUUGGUAACUUAAAGGAAACCCAACUAUUUUUAUACUGCUAUACCAUGAAAAAGAAUUGUCAUAUUGUCGUACUCUCAUUUAAAUAAACUAUAGCAGAGAAAAUACAUGUUUAUAAAGAAGUUGUUCACCAGGACGAAACUUGGAAAUGGGACUUGAUGCCGUCCCGGCGGAUGUAGAAAUCUGCCUAACCGAAGCACAUUUGCGCUUUGGAUCUCCUGCUGGUAUUUGAUAUGGGGAAUAUCACAAAGAUGA